GCUCAGGCGGCGAAUGAUUCUCCCUCCCCCUCCCCCCGGUGGCCCUUCGUUGGGACUGUGUGGAUUGGAGAUCCUUAACCCAUGUAUAGAGCAGCAAGGAUAGUUCAGGCUGGAAACCCUUCAAAAGCCAUACACAAGGGGAGCAGCAGCUGGAGUUUCCCUCCACAAGGUAAUAGGCUCCAGCACUCUCUGAUGUGACAUCACCAGCAGAGAGCAUCUUGAAACAUCGCACCUACUGGGAGCUAGCGGUUGCUGAGGCUCCGAGUGUUGAGGAUUUGCAUGACAACAGAAAAAGUGAAGUUUAUAUUUCUGUGUCUCUCUAGGUGACUUCCAGAUAAUGGAGAAGAUGGUGAAAAGGAAGUGUGCAUUUUGUCCAGCAGAUGAAGAGUGUGCUAUAAUGUACAUUGCAGAAAAGCAAAAUCUUGCAGUCCAUCAAGAUUGUUUGUUAUAUUCCUCAGGAUUUGUAGAAUCUGAAGAGCAUAACCCAGAGAAUCAGGAUACAAGGUUUGAUGUGGCCUCAGUUCAGAGUGAAAUCAGGAGAGGAAAGCGGCUGAUGUGCAACUUCUGUCGCAGGAAAGGAGCCACUGUGGGAUGUGAGAUAAAAACCUGCCGGAGGAGUUAUCACUACUUUUGUGCACUGUGUGAUGAUGCAGCAUUAGAAACUGAUGGAGGGCAAGGAAUUUACCGAGUGUUCUGUCCAAAACAUGACCCAGGCAAAAGGACCAAUCGUUAUGCAGUUCCUCAGAAGAGGAAGUGGCUGCCAGUGAGGAAGAUGGAAACUCAAUGUCAUAAGCCCUAUGCAGACAAUAAGAGGAACAGGCAUGGAAUUAAAUCUUCCACCUUCACGGAAAAAAGGAGCACAGAAGAGACAGCAGCAGAAAAUAGUUUACAGCUUUUAAGGAAAAAACAUAACAAACACAAAGCAAGAAUAGACUUUCUUAGGAAGUGCAAGCAGGCUGGACUUCUGGAUGGCAUAUUUAAAGAAAUGCUAGACACACUUCACCUUGCAAAGGAAAAACUGAUGGAUGACAACACUUCAGAAACAGAGUACGAGGAAACAGUAAUAUCACUUUUUGACUGUAGCCUGUUCGAAAAUGUACUUACAAAUGUUCAUUCAGGAACAGAGGAAAAACUUCAGGAGCUUCUGGAAACUCGGAAAAGACUGGAUACUCAGAUUGAGCUACUGCAAGAUUUAAAACAAGUAAUUCCUUUCCAGGAAAAUAUAGCUAGUGCAUCUAGUUCAGUGUCUGAAUAACCAAUACUUCUCUAGAUAUCAACUUCCAUACUAAAGAUUUUUUACUGACAGAAACUGCAUCUGGUCAGUGUAUUAAAGUGACUUUCAGAGAUGGGGUGCACAGAAAAACAAUUGGGUGUUUUACUCAUAUUUUAUACUUCACUUUUGCAAUAAUUUUAUUUGAACUUUUCCUUUUUAAUUUUUACUGUGGCUCAAGGAGUGAUAAACACUUAAAUUUAAAUACCGUCUGUACAAGCUUUUUUUAAAUACUCCACAAGCCACUUUUUAAAAUCACUUCAGUUGCAGCAGCCGCCUAUCAUGUGAUGUGUCUGUGAUUCAAUGUCUGCUUAUCAUAGCAGACAAAAUCAUUAUUAAAAAUUGUUAAGGCUUUCCAAAGAGGAAUUUAACAAGACUUGCACUUGAAGCAGAAGAGUUUAUGACAUUUUCUCAAUUUAUGGUGUGUUAAUGUUUAAGUAGUUCUGUUUUAACUGCAGUGAUGAGAGGUCGUGUCCAUUAGUUGCUUGUAAACACCUGAGGCUGGCUGGUGAUCAUGCUCUGAAAAAUCAUUCUAUGUAAAAUAGUUAGGGAAUCAAAUACUGCAGUAAGAACAUUUAUGGCUUCCAUGUGUUAUUUUGUCUUAUUAUAUUAAAACUGUUUGAAUACAGAAAAGCAGUACAUUUAGUUACAAAAUUUCAAGUUAAUGAAAAACUUGACAAUAAAAUGUUUUUGUAAAGAAAGUUGUGUAUUGAAGAAAACUAGUGACAAAAUCCAUUUAUGCACCAAAAUACUGUUCACAGUACAACCUUGUAGGUUCUCACUGCUAAUCCACAGCCUUGCUGAUUCUCCUAAAACCCCUGGUUUCAUCAUACUUCAUAGCUAAGCUCUAACAGAAGAGGAUAUUCAUAUUAAGAUUUUAUUAUUCUUAAAUAUACUAAAGAACCUUUGCUGCUGUAUUAUGAAAUAAAUGAAAUUGAACUACACUUAAAAAACUAAGUAUAUUUUAGUGCAUUUAAACUUCACUUACUAUUUUACACAGUUAACAAUGCACUCUGUCAUUAAUGUAAAUCAAUAGUUCUAUUGCAUAGCUCUAUUUGUUGCCUGUAGACAGCCAAAAUAUGCCACAGGAGUCCUAAAUUCAGGGACUGAUAGAUGGAACUAUUUGAAGAUGUUACUUCCAAGGACAAAAGCAAGUUACCAACAUUCCAACAAGUCUCAUCUCUCCCUUCUGUGGAAAAGCAGCUAGAUGGAGAAGCGCUAGAACAGGGGUCGGCAACCUUUCAAAAGUGCUGUGUUGUGCCGCGUCUUCAUUUAU